AUGCGGAGCCUCUCCCUCGACGCCGCCUUCUUCGACGGCCUCUCGCUGCACGGAGGUGGCGGCGGAGGAGGCGGGGGCAUGGCGGGGCACAAGAGGAGCGGCUCCAUGGACGGGGCCACCUCGUCGUUCGAGGGCGAGUCCGCACUGUCCUCCAUGCUGCCAGGCUAUGUCAAGAAGGCCAUGCCUGACCACAAGCUCGCCGAGCUCGCGCUCCUCGACCCCAAGCGCGCCAAGAGGUGA